UUCCCCCCCACCCCGCAACCUAUACUCCAGUUUCGCAUAUACAGCUGCUCCAAGCCAUUCAGGUUAAUUGACUCCAUUUCCGUCUUCUUUGUUCAGCCCUGACUUUACCUGUGUCUUCAGCGGAGGAACGUGAAUUUCAAUUCCGCCACCACCUUACACUACUUCCGGAGUCCCUGGAAGCUUCCCGUUGCCAUGGCGACUGUGUACACAGCCAGUCGGCUGGCUGUCCAGAUUGCAAACAGAGCUCCCUCAAGUCGCUGCAGCUAUAGCGGUCACUCAACCCGAGUGCCGCUUCCUUGCGAGUAGUGACUGAAGAUGGACCCACCUAUGGAGACUCAGUCACCUUCUGACUUCCAGCCAUGAGUAUCACCACCAACCACCACUUCUUGAGCACCUGCUGUGUGCUGGGCGCUGUUUUGGACUUUGUGGGGGGAAUCACAAGAGAUAAAAGGCACAGUCCUUGUCCUCAAGCAGCUUGUAAUUUGAUUUGGGAACUGAAGCCCACAUAAAUGAAGCGGCAUAAGAACGGUAACAAGCAGUAUUUCACCAGGAUGGGUACUAGGAAGAAGGUUCAGGCGUUUGUCCGUGUCAAGCCUACCGAUGACUUUGCUCAUGAAAUGAUCACGUAUGGAGGGGACAACAAAAGCAUUGACAUUCACUUGAAAAAAGACACUCGGAGAGGAGCUGUCAAUAACCAGCAGACAGACUGGUCAUUCAAGCUGGAUGGAGUUCUUCAUGACGCCUCCCAGGACUUGGUUUAUGAGACAGUCGCCAAGGAUGCAGUUUCUCAAGCCCUUGAUGGAUACAAUGGUACCAUUAUGUGUUAUGGGCAGACGGGAGCUGGCAAGACAUACACCAUGACGGGGGCCACUGAGAAUUACAAGCACCGGGGUAUUCUCCCUCGUGCCCUGCAGCAGGUUUUUAGGAUGAUUGAGGAGCGCCCCACACAUGCCAUCACUGUACGUGUUUCCUACCUGGAGAUCUAUAAUGAGAACCUGUUUGAUCUCCUGUCCACUCUGCCCUAUGUGGGACCCUCAGUCACACCAAUGACCAUCGUGGAAAACCCUCAAGGGGUCUUCAUUAAGGGAUUGUCGGUCCAUCUCACAAGUCAAGAGGAGGAUGCAUUCAGCCUCCUCUUUGAGGGAGAGACCAACAGGAUCAUAGCCUCCCACACAAUGAACAAAAAUUCAUCCAGGUCACACUGCAUUUUCACCAUCUACAUGGAGGCCCACUCUCGGACCUUAUCAGAUGAAAAGUAUAUCACUUCCAAAAUCAACUUGGUAGAUCUGGCUGGCUCAGAGAGGCUCGGGAAGACAGGGUCGGAAGGUAGAGUCCUAAAGGAAGCCACCUACAUCAACAAGUCGCUGUCAUUCCUGGAGCAGGCCAUCAUUGCCCUUGGGGACCAGAAACGGGACCACAUCCCCUUCCGGCAGUGCAAGCUCACCCAUGCCCUGAAAGACUCCUUAGGGGGAAACUGCAAUAUGGUCCUUGUGACAAACAUCUAUGGAGAAGCAGCCCAGUUAGAAGAAACGCUGUCUUCACUGAAGUUUGCCAGCAGGAUGAAGUUGGUCACUACUGAGCCUGCCAUCAACGAAAAGUAUGAUGCUGAGAGAAUGGUCAAGAACUUGGAGAAGGAACUGGCAUUGCUUAAGCAGGAACUGGCCAUCCAUGAUAGCCUGUCCAACCGCACUCUCGUGAAUUAUGACCCCAUGGAUGAGAUCCAGAUUGCUGAAAUCAACUCCCAAGUGCGGAGGUACCUGGAGGGGACACUGGACGAGAUCGAUAUAAUCAAUCUAAGACAGAUCCAGGAGGUGUUCAACCAGUUUAGGGUGGUUCUGAGCCAACAGGAACAGGAAGUGGAGUCUGCCUUGCGCAGGAAGUACACUCUCAUAGACAAGAAUGACUUUGCAACUAUUUCUGCUGUCCAGAAGGCAGGGCUUAUGGAUGCUGAAGGUCACCUAGUAGGUGAACCUGAUGGACAAAGCUUUGGACUUGGGGUUGCUCCUUUUUCUAUCAAACCUGGAAAGAAACUCAGGUCCAAGAAGACACUGAAAGAUCAGUUCAGCUCCUCAGCAAGAAAGGAGGGUGCCAGCAGCCCUGUGAGUGGCAAGGACUUGGAUGUGGUUUCCAUCUCCAAGACUCAGCUGAUCCCAUCUUCCAGAGAUGGGGAUGUCAAAGACAUGCUUUCACGAGACAGGGAAACGUCCAGCAUUGAGCCCCUUCCCUCGGACUCUUCAAAGGAAGACUCACGCCCGCUCAGACCCAGCACCCCACCCUCGAAGCCUGUGGCCUUUGAAGAGUUUAAGAAUGAACGAGGUAGUGAGAUCAACCGCAUCUUCAAAGAAAACAAAUCCAUCUUGAAUGAACGAAGGAAAAGGGCCAGCGAGACCACCCAGCGCAUCAAUGCCAUCAAGCGGGAGAUCGAUGUGACCAAAGACUCACUGAAUUUCCAGAAGUCACUACGGGAGAAGCAAGGUGAGUAUGAGAACAAAGGCCUGAUGAUCAUCGAUGAGGAGGAAUUCCUACUGAUUCUGAAGCUUAAAGACCUGAAGAAGCAAUACCGAAAUGAGUACCAAGAACUGAGAGACCUCAGAGCUGAGAUCCAGUACUGCCAACGCCUGGUGGAUCAGUGUCGCCAUCGCCUGCUCAUGGAAUUUGACAUCUGGUACAAUGAGUCCUUCGUUAUCCCAGAGGAUGUUCAGGUAGCACUGAAGCUGGGCAGCAGUAUCCGGCCAGGCAUGGUGCCUGUCAACAGGAUUGUGUCCCUGGGAGAAGAUGACCAGGACAGGUUCAGCCAGCUGCAGCAGACUGUACUGCCUGAGGGUCCUGAUUCCAUCUCCUUCUACAAUGCCAAAGUCAAGACAGAACAAAAGCACAGUUAUAUGAAAACCAUGGUGGGCAUCCAACAGUCACACAGAAAAUAGUCUCCUCAAUAGCUUGAAGACCAGCAACUCUAAUAUGUCCUAAGGAAGCUGCUAAACCACGUGCUCAGAGCUCCAGCCACUCACUCUGCUGCAAGCUGGGACCAAACCCAGAGAACAUACAAUUGCCUGCCUGCCUGCCUACCUGCCUGCCUGCCUGCCUGCUAGGAUGAACAUCCUCCAAAGGACACCCUUGCUUGUCUCCACAGAAUACUUUCGGUUUUAAUUUGCGACCAAAUGUAAAAUCAAGAUAAAAUUACUUUCUAGUUUGGACUUUAAGUAUUAUUCCAAAAACUUGUAUUUCCUGUCUGAAAGGACAUCUUCAUUAUGUACAGGUUGUGGCUAAAACUUAGUCCUAGUGUUUGCCUAGCAAGCAUUACACCUGAGAUUCGGUCCCUAGCAACUCUCUCUCUCUCUCUCUCUCUCUCUCUCUCUCUCUCUCUCUCUCUCUUUCUCACACACACACACACACACACACACACACACCCCAGACACAUACAUGGGAUGGGAGGAGGACUGGGAGUGUAGCUCAGUAGUAUAAUACUUGCCUAGCAUUCAUGAAACUCUUCCAACACCACCAAAAAGAAAAAGAAUGGCUAAUAUUGUAGCUAGGCAUGGCAGGACAGGCCUGUAGUCCCAGCACUUGGGUUGCGGUGACAGGAGGAUCAGUAGUUCAGAGUCAUCUUCAGCUACAUAUCUAGUUCAAGGUCAGUUUGGACUAUAUGAACCCCCCUCAAACAAACAAAAACUAAAAGCCACUUGAGCCUUAGUUGGAAAUCAAAGCAGUAAUCUAGGCUCCUGGCAACCUCUUCCCUCUCUUCAGUGGUCAUCCUGAGAUGAGCUUGGUGUGAAAAUACUUAAAUUCUCUCAACCCAUCCUUUUCCCUUGGCAACCAGGAGAGGAUCAGGUAACAGUUAAGUGACCUACAAAAGGGAGAGGCAGAACUGGGUUCCUGUGCCCAGGAUUGCCUGACCUUAGAUCCUACACCUUUCCAGCCAAGCACACGUGGAAUAGGUGUUGCAGCUUCUCUGACUUGCCUCCUUCCUUCUCUUUCUCGGUGUGUGACUACAGAUAAGAACAAGUGAAGGUGACUAGGUCACCCUGGACAGGAACAGGGAUCACCCCAGCAGGGUUGAGCAGGGAAGAGGAAACUACUCCUAAGUCAAGUCCUCAGGCUCUGGGGCUUGUGUCCUUGGGGAUGGUACCAUAGGGAAAGAGCUCCUGUUUCGCUCAGGACAAACACAGGCCCUCUGGGGGCUUCCCAGCUGACCAGUGCACCUUGGGGCUGAGAAACACAGUCUCUGCUGAGUGAGAUGUUUUUGGAACUUCCAUGCAAUCUUUCUUCCUGAUAUUGUGGGCCAAGGCUUUGACCUUGAACAUGGUAGGACAGCAGUCCUCCAUCUGAUAUCCUUGAAUGCCCAGGAUGAUAGAGCCUACAGUGGAAUUCUGUGGAAGCCCUGUCAAGGGAAGCAGUGAGAGAAAAUAUUCCAGAUCACACCUCAGAGGUAACUUCAGGCCCUGGGAUACGAGGACGGCAUGAGCUGUGACAGAGGACAUGGCUAAGUGAGGAAGAGUGCUUGCUCUUGCAAGCAUGAGGACCCAAGUUUGAAUUCCCUAUAUAUGCAUAAAAAGCAUGGCUGCACGCAUGUCAAUCUCAGCACUGGGGGCAGAGCCAAGAGGAUCCUGAGAGUUUGCUGGCCACCCAACAUAUCCUAAACAGUGGCCUUCCUGUUCGUGAGAGACAAUCAUUAUCUGGGGGAAGGAUUAGGUAGAGAGGUAGGAAAGAAGUGGGUAGGAAGUAGCCUCCCACUCAAUUCCAGUUCAACGCUAGACUCACAUAGAAUGACCUUUUGUCUUCCCAGAGCCUUAGUCAGGUUCCCGUUUGGGUCAGAACUCUGGCCUGGGUGCAUAGGAAAAAUAUGCCAUUUGGGAAGAAAGUACCACCCAGUGAUGUCUUAGAACACAUUUAAUUACUUGACACAUGUGUUGCAUCAGUCAGUAUAUAUUCAUUUGUAUAUUAGUCGAUAUAUUAGCUCAAAGUCUUUAUAUUGGCUGUGGCUAUAGUUCAGUGGUAGGGGCUGCUUAGUGUUCUAGUUUCACUCUGUUGCUGUGAUAAAACAUUUGGACCAGAAGCAACCUAGGGGAGGAAAUGGCUUAUACUUCCAGGACACAAUCCAUCAUGUAGGAAAAUCAGAGCAGAAAUUAUGCUAGCUUCCUUAUAUAGCCCCAGACCAGCCACCUAGGUAUGUGCUGCCCACAGUGGGCGAGGAGGCCAUCCUCCAUUUAUAAGAUAAUUCCCCACAGACCAAUCUCAGCUAGUCAAUUCCUCAACUGAGGCUUUUCCUCUCGGGUGACUCUAGGCUAAGUCAAGUUGACAAAGCUAACUAGGACACCGAGCACAUACGAGGCACUGGGUUCAAUUUGCAGCACUGGGAGGGAAAACAGUUUUGGAGAACGUGCUCAGGAUCAACUGGUGCUGCCCUAUUCUAAAUGUUUUCCCAGCUCUUCACCAAACCCUAGGACAUACCUGUGUGGGAUGACGCUUUGGCUUUCUUUCCUUUUUCAUAAGACCCUAACUUUAGGGGCAACUAGUAGCCACCCUGAGGUCUGCUGGGAUGGAUGUGGUCUGGGCCAAUGGGAGAUGCUAGAAGCAAUUCUCAAGUUUUUUAUGGUACUCAGCACUCUAGGAGUGGGAACAGGGUUCAUGUUGGGGAUUGGGGACUCCCCACCCCCACCCCCGAGCUGAGGACCGAACCCAGGGCCUUGUGCUUGCUAGGCAAGUACUCUACCACGGACUUAAAUCCCCAACCCCGACUUUUUUCCUUUAAACACAUUGGAGGGCUUUUGGUUUAAAAGCAUGGGAUUACAGGGGAUGGUAGCUCAUGCCUUUAAUCCUAGCACUCAGGAAGCAGAAGCAGGUGUAUCUCUGAGUUUAAGGCCUGCCUGGUCUACAAAGUGAGACCCAGUCUUUUAAAAAAAGGAAAAGUAUCCAAUAAGCUAAAAAGUAUUUACUGCUUUGGUCAGGAAGCCAAUCACAGCAAAUAUGGAACCUGAGGUAGGAGGAUAGGGAAUUUUAAGGCAAGUCUGGGCUGAAAAGAAAAAAAAGAUAUCCAAAUCAGGGUCUAAUAUAGCACAGGCUGGCCCCAAUCUCUGUAGCUGAGGAUGACCUUGAUGCCCCUGCUCUCUACCAGGAUGUAUUCCAAGGCUGCAUUUUCUUUGAAUUUAAACUGUGUGUGGUGGUACAUACUUGUAAUCCUAGUACUUGGAGGCUGAGGCCAACCUGAGAUGUGCACAGCAAACCAGACACCAGAGAAUCCUGAAUACUGUCUCAAAGAUGCUGCCUGAAAAGUUUGAAUCAAAGAGCCAUGGGCCUUACAAUUUCCACUGACCCCCAUGGUUUGACAUGCUUUUACUCCACUGGGUUCUAACCCGACUAAUGUUACCAUCACCCUGGCAAGUACUGCUCUUCUGUCCCCUGCUAAAGAACUGCUUACUUUGUUUUUAAGGAAACUGGCACACCUCAUUUUAGGUUCCUCUCAACUUAUAGUUUCCACCUAAAAUAGCCUAUUCUAAUGCCAAUGUGGCUGCCAAUGGCUUGUGUGGCAUUUAAGGCAAAGCAUUCCAAAUCUAUUCAAAAUUUAAGAGUUGGGCGUGGUGGCACAGAGAGGCUGAGGCAGGGGGACUUUAAGCUCAAGGCAAACCUGGGAUACAUAUUGAAUCUGUCUUAAAAAAAAAAAGCCUUAGAGAUACCUUACUGUUUAAUGAGAGGCAUUGUACAAACAGGUUCACAAUAUUAUCUGUGUGGUAGAUACACUCCUAUUGUAUACACAAGGCAGUAGAAACCAGAGAAAUAGCCAUGCUCAGUGUCAUAUGGCUAGAAAUUACCUGGUAUUGGUUUCAUAGUGCCAGAAGUUAUUCAUUGGACUGUAAUAACCUAAAAUGUGUUGACAUCUGUUAAAGUUUAGGGUUUCAUGGACUGGGGAUGUUUCUCAGUUGGUGGAGUGUUAGUCUAGUAUUCAGCAAGCCUGGAGUUCAAUCCCAAGCACCAUAUAAACUGGUUGUGGUGAUUCAUGCCUGUAAUCUCAGCACUGAGUGGUAGAUGCAGAAGAAUGAGAAAUUCAAGUCAUCAUUGGCUACACACAGAGGUCAAGGCCAGCUGGGAUGCACAAAACCCUGUCUCAAAAAAAAAACAUACAAAGAAGUCAAGAAAAAGAGGAAGCUCAGGGUUUCACAAGCACCUCCUUUCCUCUUUGAUCAGUGAAUCUGUUCACAUUUAAACUUUCCUCUGCAGCAGCAGGUGUGCGGUCUGGCACCAGGGAUCCCAUCAUCAGGGAGGCUGGGGCAGAAGGAUUCUGAGUUUAAGGUGAGCCUAGGGUACGCAGCAAGUUCCAGUGCCACAAGUGAAAACUCAAGAACCAAAGCAAAACAAAAUGGCUGUGGGAGAUUGAAACCUAGAGAGUUUGGUGGACCUUGAACCUCCAUGAUAUGCCUAAAGUUACCAGGAAAAAAAAAUUAACCUCUACAUGAAAUGAUAGAAAGAAAAUAGAUACUGCUAGUCUACAUACAAGUUAAAAAAAAAAACAUUUUAGGAGCCUGUGAGAUGACUCAGUCAAUAAAAACACUUGCUGCCUAGACUUAUGAGUAAGUUACAUCCCUGGGACCCACACCGUGGGAGGAGAGAAUGGACUCGCUAACCUUGUCCUCUGGUCUCCACACAUGUGCAUGUGUGUGCCUCAACACACACCAUACAUACACAAUUUUAAAAAUACAUUUUAAAAGCUAGAAUCCCAGCACUCAAGAGGGUGUACAUUCAAGUGUUCAAGGAAAGUCUAAACUAUAGAAGACCCUGUCUAAACAACAUCAACAACAUGGCAAAGUUAGCCAGUGAAGGAUUUCUGUUAGAUCAUAUUUCAAUUUAUUGGUAAAUCCAAUUAAAAAAUUAGUGGCUAAAAUAUUCCACAAAGACUUGAACUCUCUAUUAACUGCCAGUUUCGUGAUAAGCAACUGCUAUACAUUCAGCGUCGUUUAGCUAAUAGUUUCCUGCGCAUUCCUGCUUCUCCUUCCAGAAACAAGAAGCUCGUAGUUUCACGUUAUCUAACUUUCUUUUUUUGUUUUUCUUUUUUGCAAGAAGGUAAUUAAUAACCUUUUCCCCAGGCACUGCCUCCGAGGCCUUAAGAACAAACAUAGCCUUUCAGACUUUGGGGGUGUGGGCAGAAUACUGCGGAGAAGAGGAAGGUAGGAGGUGGCGGGACACGGUGGUGGGGGCGGCGGGAGCAGACCAGGCGGGAGGCUGGCAGGAGGAGGGCGUAUCCGAGAAGCCCGGCCCGAGAAGCGUCCCCAGCUUAGCUUGGCUUCGGUUCGCGUUGAGAGCGGGAUGAAGAGGCAAGGGAGAAGAAAUACAGGGGCGAGAGCGGCAGCUGCGCUACCUCGCAGCCUGGAGGCCGGGCUCUCCGAGGGCUCCCGGGCUUCGGGUGGUGGAGGGCUCCGAGGGCCUCGGCCGGCUUCCCCGACGUCGGCCCUGCAGCUCCGGGACCCGCCUACAACACUCAGCCCUGGGCCUUAUUGUUCCGGGAAGCCGCAGGCUAGGCCCGGCCCGGCCCGCGGGUUGCACCCGCCCCUGCCAGGGUCGGCGGGCUGGGGCUGGCGCGCCGACUGGCGGCCGGUGGGCUGCCUGUGCGUGUCUCUUUAAGGGGCUGGGCCUGCGAGGCUGCAGGGCGGGCGGGGUGCGCGGUGCUCCCGGAGUGUGUGAGGGAGAGAGCGGCGGGCGGUUGCCGGAGGGAGGGAGGGAGUGAGCGGGCGAGCCAGCCAGCCAGCGACGCGGGCCGCCCCUGCCGCCGCCGCGAUCGGACCAGCGGCCUCCUCCCCUCCGGUCCCCUCCCCCGCCUCGGCCUGCCGCGGGGAGGGGGCUAGCGUCGCCGCCUCCAGCUGCUCCUCAUGAAGCAGCUGCCGUCGCAGCCGCCACCGAAGAUGGGGGAUUUCUACGAUCCCGAGCACCCGACCCCUGAGUAAG